AUGCUUUUCAAUCUAAUGAAAUAUGUUGUUUGUAAUGUAGGUCGUUUCUAUUGUUUCUUUAAGUGUUCUGAGUCUUUCUUUAUAGUAAAUCCACGUGAUAAUCGGUUGCUUUUUGAAGUUUUUGAUGAAAAUCGAUUGACUCGAGAUGAUUUUCUUGGCUUGGUGGAAAUCCCCCUCAAUCAUACAAGCAUCCUCACAGAGAGGCCUGAUCGCAGUAUCCCUACUAAAGAUUACAUCCUACGACCUCGAAGCACAAGGUCCCGUGUCCGUGGCCACCUGUGGAUUUACCUGGCAUAUUAUGCACCUGAAGAUGAGGUUGACACGGAAAGUCAAGAAGAUACUUCUUCUGCACAAUCUGAGCCUGGCUGGGAGAUGGUAAGCUUACAGAGUUCUUUAACUGAAUCUGGUGCCUCUGGUCCAACUGCCUCAAUGUCUGAUGAACCCUUGACUCCUUUGCCUCCAGGUUGGGAAGAACGCACAGAUGCCCAGGGUAGGACUUAUUACGUCAAUCACAAUGAGCGUACAACACAAUGGGAACGGCCCUCAAGCAAUAAUAUGCUUCCUCCAGGUUGGGAAGAACGAGUGGAUGCUAACGGUAGAUUGUACUAUGUCAGCCAUCAUAACAGAACCACUCGCUGGGACAGACCUACAAUGCCAGCAGUGCAGCCUUCCCAGGUGGAGUUGCAACGACAGCGUAGUAUGGAGGUGGCCCAAUUGUACAGACAACGCAGACAUAUUAGCCAAGAGGACACGAUCAGCUUGAACCCAGCUGAAGUUGAAGGUGUUGAAGAGGGCCCAGCAGCUAUAUAUUUUGUAACUGAGAAUCCACCAACAUCAAGCAGUGAUGUAAGUGAGGAACCUUUGCCUGCUGGUUGGGCCAUGUCAAUUGCCCCCAAUGAAAGACCUUUCUUUAUUGAUCAUAAUACAAGAACAACCACCUGGGAGGAUCCUCGAAAAACCCGUACAAACUCCUUGAGAACAGCAGCUACUCCCGAUGCCCCAAAGCCUUUUGUACGUUCAUCUUCAAAUGAAGAUCUCCUCAACAAUCUUGGCCCUUUGCCUCCUGGCUGGGAAGAACGCAUCCACACAGAUGGGAGGGUGUUUUAUAUCGACCACAAUACCAGAACCACAAUGUGGGAAGAUCCGAGGUUACAGAAGCUUGGAGGUCCUGCAGUACCAUAUUCUCGGGACUAUAAAAGAAAAUAUGAUUACUUCCGAUCCAAACUUCGUAAACCUGUCAAUGUUCCUAACAAAAUAGAUAUUAAAGUUUCUAGAGCAAAUGUGUUUGAAGACUCUUUUAGAGUAAUUAUGGGUGUGAAAAAGGUUGAUCUUUUGAAAACAAGAUUAUGGAUAGAGUUUGAUGGAGAAGUGGGUCUGGAUUACGGUGGUGUGGCUCGAGAAUGGUUUUAUAUGCUAUCAAAAGAAAUGUUCAACCCAUACUAUGGAUUGUUUGAAUAUUCGGCCACAGACAACUAUACCCUCCAAAUUAACCCUUUGUCUGGUGUGGCUAAUGAAGAACAUUUGAACUACUUUGAAUUCAUUGGUCGAAUAGCUGGAAUGGCUGUAUACCAUGGCAAACUGUUAGAUGCCUUCUUUAUUCGUCCAUUCUACAAGAUGAUGUUGGAAAAAUCCAUAAAACUCUCAGAUAUGGAGUCAGUUGAUUCUGAAUAUCACAAUUCUUUGAUCUGGAUCAAAGAUAAUGAUCCAACAGAAUUAGACUUGAGGUUUUGUGUGGAAGAAGAUUAUUUUGGAGAGCGAACUGAGCGAGAACUUAAGCCAGGAGGAAAAGACAUUGUGGUGUCAGACGAAAACAAAUUAGAAUAUAUAAAUUUGGUCAUCAAAUGGCGAUUUGUGUCCCGGGUGGAAAAUCAAAUGAAAUAUUUUAUGAAAGGAUUCAAUGCUUUGAUUCCACAAAAUUUGCUGCAAAUAUUUGAUGAAAAUGAAGUUGAGUUACUCAUGUGUGGAUUACAAGAUAUUGAUGUCAAUGAUUGGAAGAGGAACACAGCAUACAAAGGGGAGUACAAUCAGAAUCAUCCGGUCAUCAUCCAUUUCUGGAAGUGUGUCUACUCUUUUAAUAAUGAGAUGCGGGCCCGUCUGCUCCAGUUUGUGACUGGAACCUCACGAGUACCAAUGAAUGGCUUUUCUGAAAUGUAUGGCAGCAACGGACCGCAACUGUUCACCAUUGAGAAGUGGGGGAACCCGGAGCAACUUCCCCGUGCUCACACCUGCUUCAAUCGAUUGGACCUGCCACCUUAUGAUACUUAUCAAGAGCUUCGUAAAAAACUAAUAAUGGCAGUGGAGAAUACACAAGGCUUUGAAGGUGUUGACUGA